CAUAUUAUUGCAAUAUUCGUUGGAACUUCCAAUGAAGGUUCAAAACACUUCGCUUAUUGCGUUGGUAACACUUUUUUCAUUAUUGGCCGAAGUGUUACAACUACUGACCUAGGUAGAGAAAAUAGUGUUGUUGUUGUUUUGCAUACAUUUCAGCCAGUAUAGACCAGCAGCUUGCUGUUUUUUGUCAUAUUUGCCAGGCAUCGCAAACGCUUUAUGUAAAUUGAUUGAGUGUAGAACUGCCACAUUACUACCUGUAAUGUGUGACAUCUAUGUUUGUAGUACCUUUUUACAAUUUAAUCGUAACAACACGCAACCCUGUGUGUUUCUCUGAUUAAAUAGGGCCUUGCUGUCAAAAAGUGCUUCAGUUAUUACAGGUAGUUUGUCAACAUAGUUUGUUAUUCCGCGAACAUGUCUCAAGCCGAUUUAAAAUCCUAUUUAAGAAAACUAAAAUUUCCUCAAUGCGCAAGAGAAGUUAUUCAACGUCUUGACGGCAUCAUAACAAAUCGCACCAAACAAUCUUUUGCUAUGCAAUUAAUAUCGGAGUUUGUUUUUCUGGAAAAAUCCAAAGAGGAUUCACGUAGUAGGCAGCAAUUGCAAACAUUCGAAUCGCAGUUGACUCUAAUACAGGAGUUCCAGCUAAUAGUUGCAAUCAUAGAGCACUUCAAUUUGCCAGGAACUCAAGACGUUACUCGCAACGCAGUAUUUUUAUCAUUGUUUGGCAGUAAUUUAACAAACAAAAAGCGUGCGGAUAUAUUGUGCCGACUUGUCAGUUCGGCAGUAUGUUUUCAAUCAACAGCCGUUUUAGAUGCUACUGGUGUAUGGAUGCAACAGGUGGGAUGCACAACAAGGCCAAGUUUACAAGUAGCUGAAAAAUUGAUUGAAGAUUUCGUCCAACUUUCGUUUAAAAUGUCAGAUAAAUUUAGAGAUUUGCCUAUAACCGUGUCGCAUUUUGCUGCUAAUUUUAUGACAGCGGUAGCAGAACUUUAUUUCAAUGAUCAACAUGGUGCACUGGUUGCACCACCUGAGAGACUUUUGGAUGUUAUCGCAAAUUGGAUUUCAGAAAAUCCUAAUCUAUGUUAUGCAUGUUAUGAACCGAUUGCUUUGCCUCAAGGUGCUAUUGCUAUGCCAGUAGUAACGUCUAUAUCUGGACUGUUACGUUGGACAAUUUUAGCACCUCUGGUAACAGACAAAGUCACAUAUAAAAAGCUGCAUCUAUAUUUAAUACAAUCUAUUAUAAAUAAUAAGGGUUCUAACCAAUCGGCUGCAAUUGAUGCUCAACAUAUGCAAAUUGUAAUUAAUUCGUUGCUUCUGCAUGCGUCACGUUCAGUUCCAGCAUCAAAUGAUGAUCCCGCCUUUCAGACUUGCAUUGAACGUUUAUCACAGGCUGUGCACACAGCAAUCAAUUCACAAGCGAUUUAUGGAAACAUACCUCAACUAUUGUGCUCUCUGCAAACGCUACCACAUAAUGAAUUUCUCUCCACUGUUAUUAAAAUGCACAAAAUUAAAAUUUAAGUAUAAUUACUUCCAUUUAAGUUAAUCAUAUAAAUUAUAU